AUGCACAACAGCCUAACUCCAGUGGAUUCCGGCGUUUACAAGUCGCACCUCACGUCUGACAUUCUGGGCCUGGGCGCCCCUGCCACACUGUGGCCCACAAGCGGCCUCAGAAACGACUCCGAACACCUCCUAGGCUCGCAGAAACGAAAACAACAUCCGCGCCGGAAGCGACAUGACCCCCCCACUUCCGGCCCGUGCAGGAUCCCGGAAGUCUCGUCGCAAAGGUCUGGUGCUCAGUCCGAGUCUGGAGGAGAGACUGUGCUAUGCGGCAACAGAACUGUGGUUAAUCUCUGCGAAGACGCAGACACCGCGUUCUGGUGUCCAAGGAAAGGCCAAGGAGCAGACUGGGGAUGUUCCCGAGCCAUAGAAGUUUGUUAUUCCAGGAAGACUACAGUGUCUGAGGACCUGUCUGUGGACUCUGCUCAGAAGAAGUGGAAAGGUCCAGCCCUCAGCAGAGCCCUGCACCAGAACAUGAUGCCAGAAAACCACCACAGUAUGGCCGCUCUGGCAGGUAGGAACGUGGAAGAGAGUUCAGAACUGACUCCAGAGCAGGACCUAUCUAAAGGAUUGGAGUCAUCUGAUAGGAUGUCAGGGGGACUGUUUGGGGUAGUUCCUGGGGGACCAGAACCUGGAGCUGUCUGUGGAGAUACUUUAGAGACGCUAGAAGGGCAGCCUUCAAGUGAAGAAGGGAGCAGACUGCGAAGUGACUUCUUCAAAAUAAGACACAAAGAUAAGGAAAAAUCCACAGAAGAUACAUGUGAGGAUUAUAAGGAAGCAGAGGAACGUGGGAAUCUGUCCUCCAGUUUGGUUGAACAUCAAGGAGGCCUGAAGGGACAGAAGUUCUACCAGUGUAAUGAAUGUGGCAAAUUCUUUAGUUGGCGUUCCCACCUCAUUGGCCACCAGAGAAUCCACUCGGGAGAGAAACCCUAUGCGUGUAGUGAGUGUGGGAAGACCUUCAGGCAGAGCUCUCAGCUCAUUGUUCACCUCAGAACCCACACAGGGGAAAAACCCUAUGAAUGCCAGGAGUGCGGGAAGACCUAUCGGCACAGCUCCCAUCUCAUUCAACACCAGAGACUCCACAAUGGGGAGAAACCUUAUAAAUGUAGUGAAUGUGCAAAAGCCUUUAAUCAGAGUUCCAAACUCUUGGAUCAUCAGAGGACCCAUACCGGAGAGAAACCUUAUGAAUGCAAGGAGUGUGGAGUAGCUUUUGGUCGUGGUAAAAAUCUUGUGCGACACCAAGUCCUUCACACUGGUAAGAAACCUUACAAGUGUAAUGAGUGUGGGAAGGCUUUUUGUUCCAGCAGAAAUCUUACUGACCAUCAAAGAAUCCACACCGGGGAGAAGCCUUAUCAGUGUAAUGAGUGUGGCAAGGCCUUCAGUUGGAGCAAAUGUCUCAUUCGUCACCAGAGCCUCCAUGCUGGGGAUCGACCAUACACAUGUAGUGAAUGUGGCAAAGCCUUUAGUCAGAUCUCUCAGCUUGUUGACCAUGAGCGAAUGCAUACUGGAGAAAAACCUUUUGAAUGUGGCAAGUGUGGGAAGGCAUUCAGUCUGAGUAAAUGCCUUAUUCGGCACCAGAGACUUCACUCGGGUGAAAAGCCCUAUAAAUGCAGGGAGUGUGGAAAAUCCUUCAAUCAGAACUCUCACCUCAUCAUACACCAGAGAAUUCACACUGGUGAGAAGCCCUAUGAAUGUAAGGAGUGUGGGAAGGUCUUCAGUUAUAGCUCCAGCCUUAUUGUACAUCAGAGAACUCAUACCGGGGAAAAGCCUUAUAAGUGCAAUGAUUGUGGGAAAGCAUUUAGUGACAACUCACAGCUUAUUGUACACCAGAGAGUUCACACUGGAGAGAAACCCUAUGAAUGUAUUGAGUGUGGGAAAGCCUUCAGUCAGCGUUCCACCUUUAAUUAUCACCAGCGAACUCACACUGGAGAGAAACUCUCAGGUCUGGCUCGGUAGUUUUCUAAAGCCUAGUUCUUUGAGAGAGGGAGCAAAAAUAUUGAGUUAAUCUUUCUUUUUGAGAAAGAUGCUCACACUGUUUCUCUUGGAACCACCAAUCAAAGUGGAUCAUUCUCUUAAUUCUUUCUUUUGCAGCACCAACGUUAGUACAGUUCUUCCCUGUUAUUGGGAAAGUAAGGACUACACAUUUUAUUUACUCCUUGUAUUUUUUCGUUAUUUUAACAUCUCAUUUAUUAGCAUUCAUUCCAUAAUCCGAUUAUGUUUCUGUUUUUAAACAAGCUUUUUUUUUUUUUUUUUUGAAAGCAGAAUGACAGAAAGGGAACAGAAGAGAGAGGGAGUGAGCGAGUGAGCUUCUAUCUCUGUUUCACUUUCCAAAUGCCUACAAGAUUUAGGGCUGAACCAGGUCAAAGCCCGGAGCCUAGAACUCCAUUGAAGUCUCCUAUGUGAGUGGCGAGGACCCUAGUGCUGGGGCCAUCAUGUGCUGUCAGCCGGACUCAUUAGCAGGAAGCAGAAUCAGAGUUGGAGGUGGAUCAACCCCAGGCGUUCUGAUAUGGGAUUCAGGCUUCUCCAGGGCAGGCUUAAUCUGCUGUUCUAGAUUGAGUAUUUCUAAAGUGCAUUGAUCAUAGCUUUAUUCAAUUGCAUCGCUCUGUGUACAUAAGUCAUUUCACAAGACCCUCUGUAGGGCAAAUUUUUUUUUUUUGACAGGCAGAGUGGACAGUGAGAGAGAGAGACAGAGAGAAAGGUCUUCCUUUAUGCCGUUGGUUCACCCUCCAAUGGCCACUGUGGCCAGCGCGCUGCGGCCGGUGCACCACGCUGAUCCAAUGGCAGGAGCCAGGUACUUAUCCUGGUCUCCCAUGGGGUGCAGGGCCCAAGUACUUGGGCCAUUCUCCACUGCACUCCCGGACCACAGCAGAGAGCUGGCCUGAAAGAGGGGCAACCAGGACAGAAUCCGGCGCCCCGACUGGGACUAGAACCCGGUGUUCCAGUGCCGCAAGGCGGAGGAUUAGCCUAGUGAGCCGUGGCGUCUGCCUGUAGGGCAAAUUUUAUGUCAUGUUAAACUUAUCACUUCUUCUUACCUAGGACCCUCCACAUCUACUUUUUAAAUUUAAUGGUAAUCUAUUAGCUUCUCAUUUCUUAUAUUCCCUACUUAGAAAACCUCUAUGAGUAAUCUGUUUUCCUUUCAAGUUCAAAAUCUGUCUAAUUUCUGAAAGACUUUCUUUUUUCAGAUGUUGAUUCUUCUUCAACCUCUAUUGAUUGGACUUCAGUUCUUCAAAUUAGCUGGUGCUUUUGUAUGCAUCUGUUAAGUUGCCUUUUUAAUUGCUCUUAAUGAGGAUACUAUUAUACCAACUUGCAGUCUCUUGAGUUUGGUGAAGGUAUCAUUUUCUUUUGAUAUAUAAAUAAUAGUUUGAUCACUCAUCCUUAAAUGAUUUCUUAAACUUUAUUCUCCCAUAUUUACUGGACUAGAAACUUUGAAAGAAGUGGCAUCUCAUCAUAGGAUAUUGGUACUGGCUUUGCCCUGGCCCACCCCUGGGUUUUGCAGACAUUUGGGGAGUGAACCAGUAGAUGGAAGAUCUCUUUUUCUCUUGCUUUGCCUUUCAAAUAUAUAAAAAUGAGCCUAUCUUAAAAAUAUUCAGAUAGACUUUUUUUUUCUUUUUAACUCUUUUUACUUUGGGAGCUACCAGAUACCAGGAAGAGUCCAACUCUAUAUCAGCAUGUGGAUGCAGCCCAGCUCCUUGACUUAGAUAUUUCUGGUCAGGUUUUUGUUAGCAUCACACUGCCUGUUGGAUGCUCUGUUUUACCUUUUGGUACUUAUCUGCUCAUCUUCUUCUACUAUAAGAUUCUGGAGUGUGGGAACCAGCAUUAUCCAAAUGGCUACCAGUCUGGGGUAGGUACUUGGUAAAAAUGAAUGCCCUGGCAUUCUGAGAAAGCCAGACACUCUGAGGAAGUAAAAAAAUGGCUGCAUUUGAAAGCUGUAUCUCAGUUCCUGUUGGUAAUUGUUAUUAUAAACAAAAUUCAUAAAAUUACUUUUAAAGAAAUUAUAUGUAGAGCCAGUGACCUUGAUAAAUAUAUAUCAUUUUAAUAGUUUAUUUCAUAUCCUGGCUCUUCUGGGUCUGUUUAUAUAAUGAUUUGUUUAAUCUCCAUUGCCAGUCUUAUGCCACUUUUGUUUACAUUUGCCAAAACAUCAAACAGUGUUUGUUUAAUAGUGGAUUACCUGCAUUCCAUGUCUUAUUCCCUGUAGGGGAAUGUUUUUAGUGUUUUGCAGUUUCAUAUGGUGUUCAUUAUUGGAUUCUGAUAAAUAGGCCAUUGUAUUUAGGAAGUUUCCUUUUAUUCCUAUUCCUGUUUUUAGAAGAAGCAGUUUAUUAUAGUGGUUAUGAGCACACAAUUUGUAGUCAAAUCCUGUAUCUACCACUUUGCUAAGUUUAUGACUGAGCAAAUCACUUAGCUUCUUUGGGUCUCAGUUCUAUGAGCUAUCUCAGGGUUGUGAAAACUCAAGUUGAAUAUUUAUAAGGUACUUAAAAACUGUACUUAGAACACAGUACACACUAUGGCAAUUAGAGUUUUUUUUAAUUAGGAAUGAUUGCUUAGUACCAUCAAGUCUUCAGAAUUUGUGGUAAUUUUAUGAGCUCUGUACUUUUUUGUAAUAGAAUUUGUUAACAACUUUGCUAAUAAUUGAAAUGUCUAUACUUCUUGAAUAAAAUAUACUCCUGGUGAUUUUGUUGUUAA